UGUCGGUGGUAGCAAGGAAGCUGGGGAAGAUGGAUUGGAAUUUGGAUGGGGAAGUUGAUCCAUGCACCAAUGAUCUCCCAUGGUGGGAUGCUAGUGUUAAAGAUGAAGAAAAAGGAGUAUAUUGCAACAUUACCUCCAAUGGGAAUGGUACUACUACUUGUCAUGUUACUCGGAUUAUUCUGAAGAAUAAUAAUCUUAAUGGGUCACUCCCCGUAGAGCUCGUUGGCCUCCCUUUCCUAGAUGAAAUAGACCUUACUCGGAACUUCAUCAAUGGCAGCCUCCCUCCAAAUUGGAGCUCCAUGGAAUCCCUUCGAAUAAUUUCUCUUCUGGGGAACCGUCUCUCCGGUCCAAUUCCAAAAGAAUACAGCAACAUCACCUCGCUUGAAGAGCUGGUUUUGGAGGCUAAUCAGUUUACAGGAAAUGUGCCUGGGGAGAUUGGGGAUCUUCCUCGAAUUAGAAGAUUGUUGUUUAAUUCCAAUAAUUUCACUGGAGAGUUACCUCCUAGCCUUGCAAAACUUACCACUUUGACAGAUUUUCGAAUUAGUGACAACAACUUCACAGGAAGCGUGCCAAAUUAUAUCCAGAACUGGAUAAAUAUCGAGAGAAUGGAGAUUCAGGCUAGUGGUCUGAGUGGACCGAUCCCUUCCAACCUUACUUCUCUUACCAAGUUAACUGACCUAAGAAUCAGUGACCUCAAUGGGAAUCAAUCAGAUUUCCCCAUUCUUAAUACCUUUACUGAUUGGCAACAAGUGAUAUUAAGGAGUUGCAAUAUUGUAGGGGAACUACCGGGAUAUAUUGAACAACUGAAGAUUGACGAUUCACUAGAUCUAAGUUUCAACAAAUUAACAGGACAGAUUCCUCAAAAUCUUCGUGGUCAAAAUGGAGACAUCUACCUGACUGGGAACUUCCUUAACGGGACAGUGCCACAAUUGAUCGAAGAUAAGGGAAAAAUCGACCUAUCCUACAACAACUUCACAUCUCUAAGUCCAGUACCAAAUUGCGCGGGAAACAACCCAAACUUGUUUGCCAACUCAAAUGGAAACGCCAGUGGUACUCCCUAUUGCGUAAAUCCUCGGUGCAGGCCAAAUGAUUUCCACUCUUUCCAUAUAAAUUGUGGAAGCAACCAAAACUAUGGUGAUUAUCAAGCAGAUAUCAAUUCUGGAAACUUCUACCAAGGUGAAAAAUGGGGAUUCAGCAGCACGGGAAAGUUCUGGAAUCCUGAAACAUAUGGAAACAGUUUUUUUGCAUCAAGCGACGUAAACAUUUCAGGGCCGGAAUCUAAUCUUUACUCCACAGCACGCCUUUCCCCCCUCUCAUUGACUUAUUAUGGAUUUUGUUUAAGAAAUGGAAAUUACAAUGUGAAUCUCCACUUUGCGGAGAUCAUGUUCACUAAUGACACAAUUUACGGAAGGCGUGUUUUUGAUAUUUAUAUUCAGGGAAAACUGGUUGAGAAGGAUUUCAACAUUGAGAAGGAAGCUGGUGCGGUAUAUAAACCAAAAACAAUGUCCUAUCCAGCAUUUGUUGGUGAUCACAACUUGGAGAUCCGCUUUUAUUGGGCUGGAAAAGGAACAACUUCUCUUCCUGAUAGAUCCGUAUAUGGUCCUCUCAUUUCAGCCAUAUCUGUCGUACAUGCUACUUAUAAGCCUGGGAAUGGGAGCAUCUCGACAGGAGCCAAAGUUGGUAUUGCGAUGGCAGCUAUUUGCGCACUUGUGUUGCUUGUGGCUAUUCUGAGGUUGAAGGGCUGUUUGGGGGGCAAACACUCGAUGUAUCAUGAUUUGAAGGGACUUGACCUAAACACGGGGAAAUUUACUCUAAGGCAAAUCAGAGCGGCCACAAACAAUUUUGAUCCUGCAAAUAAGAUUGGCGAAGGUGGAUUUGGUCCCGUUUACAAGGGUGUUCUGUUAGAUAAAACCAUCAUCGCUGUGAAACAGCUAUCUUCCAAAUCAAAGCAAGGUAACCGCGAAUUCAUAAAUGAAAUAGGCAUGAUUUCCGCCUUACAACAUCCUCAUCUCGUUAAGCUGUACGGAUGCUGCAUCGAAGGCAACCAGUUGUUGCUUGUCUAUGAGUAUUUGGAAAACAAUAGCCUUGCUCGUGCAUUAUUUGGCCCAGAAGAACACCAAUUGCAUCUGGAUUGGCCAAUGAGGCAAAAGAUCUGCAUCGGGAUAGCAAGAGGAUUGGCUUACCUCCACGAGGAAUCGAGGCUGAAAAUCGUCCAUCGCGAUAUCAAGGCUACUAACGUGCUUCUUGACAAAAACCUAGUCCCUAAAAUAUCUGAUUUUGGGCUUGCGAAGCUGGAUGAAGAAGACAACACCCACAUAAGCACGCGCAUUGCUGGAACUUUUGGAUACAUGGCACCCGAAUACGCAAUGCGAGGAUAUUUGACUGAUAAAGCCGACGUGUACAGCUUCGGAAUUGUUGUUUUGGAAAUUGUCAGUGGGAGGAGCAACAGUAGCAUCAGGCCUAAGGAGGAUAGCUUUUAUCUUCUUGACUGGGCUAAUUCCUUGAAGGCGAGAGGAAACCUGUUGGAGCUAGUCGACCGGAGAUUAGAGUCGAGCUUCAACAAGGAAGAGAUCACUAGAGCUAUCAACGUGGCGCUCAUAUGCACGAAUGUUGUAGCUGCGGAAAGGCCGAGUAUGUCAGCUGUAGUCAGCAUACUCGAGGGGAAAGAUGGCGUUCCAAAGUUCGUUUCUGAGUCGAGCUUCUCAGCUGGCAAGACGAAACCCGAUGAAGUGGAAAUGGGCGCAUUUGAUAGUGAGGUUGUUUCCGCGGAUGCGCCGUGGAGUGGUUCUUCAACUUCUGCUGCUGAUCUCUAUCCAGUUGCCCUUGAUACAAACUAUUGGGAGAAGAGAGGUUUUUAGAGGUAACUUUUGCUGAAAAAUGAAACUAUCUUGUUGAAUUUUUUACAGUAUUAUUGAGUUUGCGUUGUGACAUUUUGAGUAUUCUCAUAUUUGUCUAUACAAGUUUUGUAUUGAUUAAAUUAUACAGAUUAAACUGUAUAGAAUAAGUUGCCGACUUAUUUGUCAGCACCAACUUACAUUAUUCAUGGUAUGUAUAACAUGAUACCGAUUUCUUUAUUUA